AUGGGUAGGAGCUACGCCGACUAUGCUAAAUCUAUGGGAAAGAAUGAACUGGCAACUCUCAUAAAGCUCAUGACCGACAACGCCAUUGUCACCAUCGAAGCCUCGCAAGGAGAAGAAAAAUCACCCUUUCGGCUGACCGUGAUUGGUCUUGGCCGUGGACACGGUGGCCUGUAUCCUGUGACUGCAAAUAUCAACGUGGACGUCGACCCCUCUUCUAGGAGGCCGGUUGAAGCCUAA